GACCCCAAAACCCUAAACCCUCGUACCCACUCUCACUCCCUCCCUCCCUCUUCCUCUGGUUCGUAGAAUGGGAAUAUUCGAACCUUACAGAGCUCUAGGGUACAUAACGACCAGCGUCCCCUUCUCCGUCCAGCGACUGGGCACUGAAACCUUCGUUACUGUCAGCGUCGGCAAAGCUUUCCAAGUUUACAAUUGCGAGAAGCUUAAUCUGGUUGUUGUCGGUCCUCAAUUGCCAAAGAAGAUUCGCGCUCUUGCUUCCUAUCGUGAGUACACAUUUGUUGCCUACGGGAAUGAGAUUGCGGUUUUUAAGCGUGCUCACCAGGUAGCAAAUUGGAACAGGCACAGUGCUAAAGUCAAUUUGUUGCUGUUGUUUGGAGAACAUAUCCUUAGUGUUGAUGUUGAAGGUAACAUGUUCAUGUGGACAUUUAAAGGAAUCAACCAGACUUCUGCUCCCUUUGGACACAUCUCGCUAGGUGAAAAAUUUACUCCUAGCUGUAUAGUGCAUCCAGAUACUUAUUUGAAUAAGGUUAUUCUUGGGAGCCAGGAAGGUUCUCUGCAGCUUUGGAACAUUAGUACAAAGAAAAAACUCUAUGAGUUCAAGGGCUGGAACUCAGCUAUAUCCAGUUGUGUUUCAUCACCAGCACUUGAUGUUAUUGCAGUUGGCUGUGCUGAUGGAAAGAUUCAUGUUCACAACAUUCGUUAUGAUGAGGAAUUGGUUACCUUUACACAUUCUACACGAGGUGCUGUGACUGCCUUAUCUUUUAGCACAGAUGGACAACCUCUUCUAGCCUCCGGAGGUUCAUCUGGUGUUAUCAGCAUAUGGAAUCUUGAAAAAAGAAGGCUCCAAUCAGUAAUAAGAGAGGCCCAUGAUAGUUCGAUAAUUUCACUGCAUUUUUUUGCAAAUGAGCCUGCCUUAUUGAGUUCCUCUGCAGACAACUCUAUUAAGAAGUGGAAAUUUGGCACGAGUGAUGGAGAUCCUAUUCUUCAUAGCUUUAGAUGUGGACACAGCGCUCCUCCACUUUGCAUAAGGUUUUAUGCAGAUGGGAGGUUCAUUCUAUCUGCUGGACGGGAUCGUGCCUUCCGCCUUUUCUCUGUAAUUCAGGACAAGCAAAGUAAAGAGCUUUCACAGCACCAUGUAUCUAAACGAGCCAAGAAACUGAGGGUGAAGGAAGAAGAGAUAAAGUUGAAGCCUGUUAUUUCAUUUGAUUGUGCUGAAAUUAGAGAGCGGGAUUGGUGCAAUGUGGUUACAUGUCAUAUGGAUACUGCACAGGCAUAUGUGUGGAGACUUAAACACUUUGUUCUUGGUGAGCAUAUUCUGAAUCCAUGCCCAGAAGAUCCAACACCUGUUAAGGCCUGUGCCAUUUCUGCAUGUGGCAAUUUUGCCGUGUUAGGGACAGCAGGUGGUUGGAUUGAACGAUUCAACCUUCAGUCAGGAAUCAGCCGAGGCAGCUAUCUGGACAUGUCAGAAAGAAGAAGCUGUGCCCAUGAUGGGGAAGUAGUUGGAGUUGCUUGUGAUGCAACGAAUACUCUCAUGAUAAGCGCAGGAUAUCAUGGAGACAUAAAGGUAUGGGAUUUCAAGGGACGUGAACUAAAAUUCAGAUGGGAAAUUGGUUCUUCUGUUGUUAAGAUUGUUUACCAUCGCAUUAAUGGUCUUUUGGCUACUGUAGGUGAUGAUUUCAUUAUCCGUUUGUUUGAUGCUGUGGCAUUAAGAAUGGUACGUAAAUUUGAAGGCCAUAUGGAUCGCAUUACAGAUUUGUGUUUUAGUGAGGAUGGAAAAUGGCUCGUGUCAUCAAGUAUGGAUGGAAGUCUUCGAAUCUGGGAUGUUAUCUUAGCACGACAGAUAGAUGCGAUGCAUGUUGAUGUUCCCAUCACAGCGUUGUCUCUGUCUCCAAAUAUGGAUGUUUUAGCAACUACCCAUGUGGAUCAAAAUGGGGUCUACUUAUGGGUAAAUCAGGUGAUGUUUUCUGGAGCUUUAAAUGCCAAUUCCUACGGAACCGGAAAAGAAGUUGUGAGCGUUAAGCUGCCCCCCGUCUCUUCCAUGGAAAGUUCCCAAGCUGAAGAUUCUGAUGAACCUGUUGACUUGCAGUCUAAGGAUGCUUCUGCUUUCCGGUCUCGAGAUCAGCAAAUACCUGAUCUAGUUACACUCUCACUAUUGCCUAAAAGCCAGUGGCAAAGCUUGAUCAAUCUAGACAUCAUAAAGCUCCGCAAUAAGCCAAUCGAGCCUCCAAAGAAACCUGAAAUGGCUCCCUUCUUUCUGCCUUCUGUUCCAUCUCUCUCUGGUGAAAUACUGUUUAAGCCUAGUAAGAUGGCAACUGAAGAGAGAGAUGCAAAAGUUGAUGAGGUGGAAAACAACAGGAGGCAAUCUGGCAUGCCACCAUCCCAAUUUCUGCAACUCCUUCAGUCUUCUAUGGAGAUUAAAAAUUUUUCGGCAUUUACUGAGUAUAUUAAAGGUUUGUCUCCAUCAACUUUGGAUGUGGAACUUCGAAUGCUUCAAAUUAUAGAUGAUGAUGAUCAGCAAGAACCAGAUAAGAGGCCAGAGUUACUUACGAUUGACUUACUUUUGGAUUACUUUAUACACGAGAUCUCCUGCAGGAACGAUUUUGAGUUUAUUCAAGCAGUCAUCAGGUUGUUUCUGAAGAUACAUGGAGAGACGGUUAGGCGCCAGUCAAGACUACAGGAGAAGGCGAGGAAGCUUCUAGAAAUACAGUCCACGGUAUGGCAAAGAGUAGACAAACUGUUCCAAAGUGCCAGAUGCAUGGUGACCUUUCUUAGCAAUUCACAAUUUUAACUGUCUUGAGCUGGCAGCUCGUGUUUAUCAUAGCUCAAACCAAAUUUUGUGCCCUAAUUUGGUUCAUUUAGUUUCCGCCAUAGGCUCCAUGCAUUUUAGGAUACAAUUGUAUGAGAAAACGUAGUGUGGUUAUUGCUGGAGGAUGUGUUUUGUUGUGAGCUAUUUAGCUGAGUCCUUGACAAUAAACUAAACCCCAUACAGAAUU